AUGACCGGCAUGAAAGGAGAUCCCGGCUCUAGAGGUCCACCUGGUCAAGGGGGUCCAGUUGGAUCGCCUGGUUUGCCAGGACUUAAAGGCUUUAAAGGAAUGAAGGGGAGCAAGGGAUCUCUAGGAUCUCAAGGGUUAGCAGGCCUCGAUGGCAAACCAGGUCCACCAGGACACCCGGGACCUAGUGGUCCUACAGGACCAAAAGGCGACAAGGGUAUUCGGGGAUUUCCAGGUCACAAAGGAGAAGAAGGCGGACAAGGAAUACCAGGACCUCCAGUAGAUGAAGACACAAGAAAUUUAAUGAAGAUGUGUUGCGAACCUCUAGCAAAAUUUCAGUCAACGAUAGAAGAAAUUAAAAGAAAUAUAACCAAAAUGGAAAUUCAUCUGCUGAAUCGCAGUGAAAAACCAGCGUUUCACGUCGUUGGAGGUUCUACUGCUGGUUGGGCUCUCUACAGUUCAGAAACUGUUACACGGUGGUACAGUUCCAGUGGAUCGACUCAUUCUCCGUACGUUCGUGGAGGCAUGCAGUAUAGCAAUGGAAUCGCUACUAUACCAAGAGACGGUCUCUAUUAUGUUUACGUUCAGAUGUGGUUGCACAGCUACUCAACUGACAGCGCCUACAAAGAUGCGAGAUUCUGCGUUGCAAUCAAUGGCUCUUGUCAGUUUUACUCGUACACGAAGACUCAAGACUACGGCGAUUACUACACUCUCUAUUCUGGACGAUCUUUGCUACUCAAGAAUAAAGAUCAACUAUCCGUUUAUGUGCUAAAUACCGACUUGUACUAUCUCUCUAGCGGUUACACCUACUUUGGUGCUUUCCUAAUUUAA